GUCCAGCCAUGGAGGAGCUGUGGAACAAGCUCGACGAGAUGGCAGUCAAGGACCCAGAGACUUAUGCAAAGCUGGUGGCGUCGGCGGCGGCGGCAGAGGAGGAUGGCGACGCCAAGGGCGGGUUGAGCGGGCAGGGCAGCAGUGGCAAGGGGGUGUUCAUCGCGCCGGAUCCGGGGCUGGUGCUCAAGAUGGCGCUGCCGGGUGGAAAGGGCAAGCUGUUUGUCAACGUCUGCUCACACGAGCGCAUCGAGCCGCCGGUGCCCAUGACGCCGGCGCAGGCUGCUACGCGCGGCAUCGACCUCGACGCCCUGCCCGCGUCAGACGUGCCGAUGCGGUAUCCGCUGUCGUCGGGCGAGCUGCGCGAGGCGGUGGACAAGUCAGGCAAGCCGUGCAAGGUGUGGGACGUGGUCCUCAAUCCGCUGGCUGUCGACGAAGCUCGCGCUGCGCCUGACAAGGCCUGGUUCAUUGCACAGCUCGUCCUGCAGACCUGCGAGGGCAAGCACGCGCUCGGCAUCGACCUCGACUCUCUCGCCAUCACAGACGUCAAGUUCCUCAAGAACCGCAAGUACUGGGACCUCCCUGUCCGCCCGCAGUAUAUUGCAGACCGCGCCGCCGAGCGCGCAGGCACCUCCCCGGCCAUCAUCACCUCCGAGGUCGCCGCCAACGAGGCCGCCACCGGCGAGGCUCUGCUCUCGGCCUCCAAGUCCAAGGUCCUCUCUUCGCGGCCGAAUUCCACGGCCAAGGCCAAGGCUGGGCCGACGCCGCUGGCUCCAGUCAUGGACGUUGUGCCGGGGCCGACCGGCGCGCCAGCCAAGCUUGUCAUCACCAUCGACGUCUCGGCCGCCUCCGCCCCUUGCGUCCUCUCGAUUGCACCGGCACCGCAGCUCAAGCUCGGCAGCGUCUCGCUUGAUCUUCCGUUUGCUGUCGACGGCAACCGGGUCAUGGCUCAGUUUGACCGUGCCUCGACUACGCUCACCGUCCGCAUGCCUGUUGUCGGCCGGCUCACCGCGCCGCAGUAA